GCUGAAACUCGCCUGCUUUCUGCUCCGGUCGCCAUGUCGUCCUCAGCAAAUCCACAACUGGUCUUUGAUCCCGCCUCCUUGCCCCUCGCACACCUCGAGUCUCUGCGGUUCAAGGCGAACGCGAUGGUCGAAUCCAUCCAGCUGCUUCAGCGCACCUUGGACCUCGGAGGAUACAUGCCCCCAUGGCCCGAGAUCCUGUCAAAGUACACCAUCCUCCUGUCUCAGUCGCACAACCUGUCCAACUCCCUGCUGGGCCCGCUCCACUCCUCCACGUCUGCCGGCCCCUCCGCGUCCGGGAACAUAUACGAAAGGCUUGCGCUGCACCCGAAGGCUGCCAUGACGGACUCCCAACUGGACAACGAGCUCAUCCCUCUCCUGCGGAACCAGCAGACGACCGACGUGCUCAAGCUCGAGACCGACACCGUGCGCCACCUCGCGGAGCACAUGGAGACGAAGGGCUCGCUCGGCGCCAUGGCGCAGGCGGGGCCGCUCCAGGGCAGGCGCACGGAGUACGAGGACGUCAUGCGAGAAUGCGAGCAGAUCCGCGUCGAGCACGACGAGCGGGUGGACCGCGCCGUGCGUGCCGUCGCGAUGCUCCGUGAGAAGUACGACUGGAGGGCGCGCGUCGAGGUGGAUCAGGAGGAGCCGGAGGAGAUUGAGUGGGCCACCCACGGCGCGGGCAGCGGCCAGGCACACGAGCGGAUGAGCGAGGACGGGGACGAUCCGGAGACGCCGAGCGGGGACCAGAGCAAUGAUAGCGACGAGGAGGAGGAGUUGGAGGAGGUCCUGGGCGACGGCGGGGAUCAUACACCGGAUGGGACACCCACGGCGCAAGGGUAGCUAUCUCAUCUAUCCGUCUCGUUCCUGGCUGCUCUCAUGUAUUAGGACACACUACCCUCGUUGUACUCUCUGGUAAGCGGACACGCAGCCCUCUUGCAUCAAACCGUCUCACUGAUGUGAACUACUACGAUAGCAUAUGAUCAUAUCCCCAAC